GGCCCUCUCCUCGCAAUGAUCUAGCCUGAGACUUCAACUCUCUCUUGAGGAGAUACCAAUUCAUUUGUAUCCCUUCUACGGCGGCGCUUUCGGGUUAGGUGUUAUUUGUUAAUAACCUUCAGUCUGGCGUUGUUUUGCGGGGGCUUCGUUGAUCUUGCCUUUUUUGCAAGUUCAUUCGAGUCCUGAACCUCAGGAAGAUUCGGAGAAAUCAAAAUAGAACUGAAGUGCAUUGAAGGUACAGUGCCAUCCGAUGUGGCUCAGAGCGGCCUCAGCGCAUGAUCAUUCUGCCGUUCGCCUCUGUGUCUCAUCCUCAGUACCCACGUUCGGAUCAUCUACGACACUAAUUCUGGAUUGGCGCAAGCGAUUCUUUGUAUUGAUGCUUCAAGUUGCUGAAGCCAAAACAAUAUGGCCCAUACCAAUCUUGUUCGUUUCUUUGGAAUGUCACGCGAACCGUUCCUGGCAACGCGCACUAUUUUUGUCCCCGUCACUCGACUGGCAGCCAUACCCGAUUUCGCUAAGCCACACCGAUAUUGAACGAGUGUGUUCUAGCGCACUUUCCAACAAAUUCGACUACCCAUUCAAACGAGCCACCGUAGUUUUUCAAGUAUCUAAUAGUCCUUCUGCUAAGCACAUUGCAAUAGCACAAUAUAUAAGUACGCUACCAUAUACACGCCUUUUAUCUUCACCAAUAAAGGCUAACGCUCAAAGUAUUCAACACUUUCAUCACAAGAAGACACCCUUCCUGGAUCUUCGACAUCAACACGCUGCGGACAUGAAGGGAUUGAAUCUUGGCCAUUAUCCUAUCCGGCACUUUAUGUCUGACUUCUUGCCAUGGAACGGUCCUGCUCCGCCUUCGAUACCCUACAUCGAUUAUUCUACAGUGCCUUCAGAUACUACACGUGAAUCAAAUAUGUACAAGCCACUGCUAGAUGCCAUCAAUACUGUAUUAACUUCGUCUGCAUUUAGCAUGCAGGACGAGUCCGCCCAUUCGAAGGAUGAAAGUAAAUUGCGGCCCGACCUAGUCCUACACAAAGUUGAACUACUCAGUCGACUCACUCUGCGAACUCAGGAAGUGCCGUUCGAAAUCAAAACUAAGACUGGCGAAAUAUGCAAUCCCCCCGGCUACGGCGCCAUUGAGAAGGAAGAUGGAAACGCUUCCUUGAUCCGGGGCCAACUUGCGUCCUAUGUUGCCAUCCAGAUGUCUUCUCAACACCGCGUCUUCAUGUUCUCCGUUCUCAUUUACGGCAGCUUUGCUCGCAUUCUUCGUUGGGAUCGCUCAGGUUGUAUCAUAUCCGAAGCCUUCAACUACAAGACGACCCAACUUCUCUCAGAAUUCAUCGUUCGCUAUUCCCAGCUCACCGAUGCACAACGUGGUAUCGACAAUAGCACAGUCCCCGCGUCAUCCGAAGAGUCUCAGCAAUUGACAGACGCUUUGAAGGCAUACAAGAUACGAGUGGCCCCUCGUAACGUCGACUAUCUUAAUCCUACUUUCGACCCUCGGUAUCCAACAUACAAAGUUACUGUCCAUGAUUCCAAAGGAAACAUCGAACUCAUCGUUCGAAGACCGUUUUCAGAUGCGAAAUCCACCUGCGGCCGUGCUACUAGAGGUUAUGUCGCGUACCAUGUUAAAGAACAGCGACUAGUCUUCAUGAAAGACUACUGGCGCACCGACGAUUCCUUGACUCUCUCAGAAGCGGAGAUUUACGAACGUUUAUACAAGGCAGAUGUCCCUCAUUUGCCGGAGAACUUGGCUGCCGGAGAUGUCCUCCUUCCCAACGGCCAUCCUCAAGAAACAUUGACUCAGCUGUACACUAGCCCUAACAAGCCUCCUUAUGUCACGUUAAUGCAGUCCUAUCGGCUACGGAAACUGGUGCACCACAGGGUCGCACAACAACUGGCAUUUCCUCUCUCAGCUUCACUCCAUUCGAAGGAAGCGGUAGAGGCUAUACAUGAUGCCGUGGAGUGUAUUGACGUGGCGUAUCGUUGUGGCAAGACUCUUCAUGGGGACAUCAGUGCUCGGAACAUCAUGAUCAGAGAUCUUUCUCUUCCAGCCCGUCCUGGAAGGCCUGUCAUCAGCUCCGUUGGAAUCUUGAACGACUGGGACCAUGGUAUUCCCACUGAUUCCCGUCCGGGACCUCAUGAGCAUAGAACUGGUACCUGGCAGUUUAUGUCUAUCAAACUCCUCCGUUGUCCUGGGGUGGCUCACGAGGUACAUGACGACCUGGAGUCCUGCUUCUGGGUGCUCGUCUACAUUGCAUUGCAUCAUUUCAAACAUGAUGCUCCCGAUAGGUUCGACCUUAGUUUUUUUAGUGAGCACAAAUGUGCCGAAAUAAAGGCCGGACAGCCGAGGUAUUCACUUGGGGGAGACGGGAAAGCUGGGGUACUCAGCACCGCUCGGCUAAAUAAUAUCACUUUCAAGUCCAAAGCUGUUGUUCAACUUGUCCAGAACCUUGCACGCGUCUUUCGACGCUACACCUCCGCAUACCUCGUGCCAUCCAUGAUUUUCGACGAGAGAGACAAACAGGCAUUCGACGCGGAGCAUGAAUUCGUCGGGAACCCUGUCAACGUCUUAAACGUUUUCAAGACUGUUCUGGCAAUAGAUGAUUGGCUGCCGAGAGACUGGGUGGACGAUAGAUACCCUCCUCUUUCAGACACUGAAUUACGCCAGGAGGAGGCAGCAGUUGAUACAAAAUGGAUAGCUGCUGAUUCGAAACAGGGAGCGACUGCUAGCAUUCACAAACGAACUUACAUAGACCCAACGUCCCACCGGCCGUCAAAUGCGCUCUCCUCAAACCUCUCCCUUUACUACCAGCCUCAUGCACAGCAUGCGUCUUACUCGAGUAGAGUACCUAGUUCUGGAUCAUUCUCUGCUGUCGGCCACCCACAUAUGUAUCCAAGGUUUCCUCCAUCUAGCCUAUCAGGCUACACGCCUUCACCCUCCGGAUCCCCAAAGCGCAGCAGAGAAGAUGCUGGCUUUGAACACCACCGAGGCCCGAACCGUAAAAGGACGAGGACCAACAAGGAAAUCUUGACCAACCCGCGAGAUCAUACUGGCCCAUCUCUUCCAUCUCGUACGGUUAGGCUGAGGAACAUGAAACCACGACGCCAGCCACCUUCCAGAAUUGACCGCUUGCCGGCGAGGUCUCCGCAAUCUGUGUAUGCUGCAGAUCUGUCAUCCAUAGGGUCACCGUCUGCCCCUUGCGAAGUUGGUAAUACGGACAACAGAGAACAACUAUCAAGUUCAUCUAUUCCAUCUCCGCUAGACGUUUUCGGCUCUCCACCCACCGCUUCAACGGGACAAUCUCAUAGAACAUCCCAAGAUCCUCAACGUGAAAGAUCGCCGAAAACAUGGCGGUCAAGCUGGGGUUCUCUUGGAUCGUUCACAAAGUCUUCAAAGAGUCCGAAGACCCCGAAGAGCCAAAAGAGUCCCAAGAACGGACAGCAACAACGUCCCACUGGUCAAUGUUCUCCAAGAUCACCCAGUAGGCUCGCCGAAACAUCAUCGUCUGGCCUUUUUGGUAUCUUCGGAAAUUCUUCAAGAUCGUCUGUGCAGAGCGGCGAUUCCACCAGCGACAGAGAGCUGAAAGACAGUAGGACUAUGUUCAAUGUUCUGAAGACUUAUGGAAGGAAGGGAAAGGCCCGCCAGAAGCAGGCUUGAACAGCGAGGUUCAGACUAGUUAGCCGACUGUGUGGUCUGAUAAUUCUUCUGGAAUGUGGCUAUUCACAAGAUGCGUCUAGUAUGUGGUUGAUAACAAGCUUUUUAUAAUUCGCUUCUACCCGUGGUUCGAAAUGUUUGUAGAUAGGAACUACAUAAUAAUAUUCUCGUUCUACU